AUGAUCUUCAUCGUAUCCUUGACUCUGCUGUUUCUGCCGUUUGUGGAUGCCCACACUUGGAUCGACUGCUUUGACACCGACCGAACCAAGGUUUACAACAAGAGCGCAUCCUACAUCUUCGGUGGCUCCGCUGGCAACGGGUUUUGCGAUGGUUACGGAGCGGGUUAUCCCGGUCGCGGUGACACCAACAUCGGGACGGAAUACACAUUUAAGAUGCUGGAGAACGAGGUGGAAGCUGGCACAGCUGUAUGUGAAACUGUGGAUGCCGAUACAUAUACCAACACGAACUGGCGCAAGCGGAUCUCGGUUAAGGCAGGUGUGCCGGUGUACUUCGCGUACUUGCCCAAUGGGCAUAUCGUUAAGGACAAGAAGGCGAUCGGAACGCAGCAUGGUGUCUAUUGGACGGGCAAGGUGGAUACGUCCCUUACAUCGACGCUGGAGAUGACAGAGGAUAAGUUAAUCAAUGGACACACGAUGGACUACGACGAUGGGAACUGUGGCGAAACGUACAACUACGAAGGUAACCCCAGUGGUCGAGCGGGGAACGGAUGGCCCUGUAUCGGAUCCUUUGCUGUUCCGACAGGUACUGCUCCAGGAAUCUACAGCAUGGUUUGGUACUGGACGUUUUGGCUGGACAAUGAGGCUUCAUACGUGGAUCAGUCUCAAGCUCGUGGAUAUUUUGGUGCAGCGUACUCGACGUGCUUUGAGGUGGAGGUGACGUCAAGUGGAAAUGUCAUUAGCACUGCAUCAAUGCUCAACACAAGCGUUGAAACAACAACCACGACGGGAUUCUACAAAUCCGGCACCUCAACGUUCUCAGGACUGAAAACUGGCGACGAGAGUCUGGCAGGGGUGCAUGCAGCGAAUUCAAGCAGUGGCUCGGGAGUAUUCAGCGAAGUUCAUUUUGACAAUGCUACCGUGGGUUCAGAAUGGAGUAAGGGAUCGCAUGCUUCUUGGGACAAUGAGACCGUAGAAACUCUGAGUGAUAACUCGAUGUCUGGGAGAUCGAGCGAUCUUACUGUAGUGCUGCUGCUACUGAUUGCUCUCCUGUAG